AUGUCACAAAGAAAUACGAAAAUGAUGAUGCUACUGGCACAAAAAAAUAAGGCAUUGAGAGAAAAGUUUAAAGAAUCAAAAUAUUUGCAACUUAAUAUUCAAAAAAUCGAUCCUGACUUUUUCCCUAGCAGUGAUUCAGAUGACGAUCUUCCAUUUUCAAGAUACGAUAGUGCAGACCAAUCACUGGCUCAGAUUAAUAAUCCGUCAAAUUAUCUCGAAUCUGUAGAAUUUAACUUCGUAUCGGGCCUAUCUACAUCAACUGCAGUUGACUAUUUAAAUCAACCUCAACAAGACCAGAACACAGAAAUCGGUAUUUCGGGCCCAUCCACAUCGACAGUUGACUAUUUCAAUCAGCAUCAACACGAUCAGAACGCAGAAACCGAGAACAACAUUUCCAUGAACUCUUUGAUUACAUUAACGACUGUGCCAAUUACUGAAUAUAAUAUUUUAACUGAAACAUCGUCGCCAGUACUUUGUUCUGAUAAAGACAAUGGUUGUAAUGUAGAUAGCGCUAGUACUGGAACUCUGGUCACACAGACUGAUCACACACAGACUGGUCAGACAAAUGAUCAGCAAAUGCCCUGUACUUUUCAAGUUGAUACAGACCAAACAAUGAUAACUGUUUUUGAAAAUACGAAUUAUACUGCUGACCCUCUAACAAAUAAAUCAAGUGGGUCACAUGCUGAACAAGAAAGAUCGGUGGAGGAUCCAUUCCGAGGAAACGAAGUCAUAAGGAGUGUUAAUCUAAGGGACACUGAAAAUUUGACACAAAUUGAGAGAACUAAUGAUAAUACACAUGAUCUUACAACUUAUACAAAAGCAGGUACAAUUAGAAAAAGAAAAACAUACAACCAACCACUCAAUGUUAGAAAAGACGCGAAAAAAAAUGAGAUAAGAGAAAAACAUGGCUUACAACCACCCUGUCCAGCUUCCUGCAAAAGGCUAUGUAUCCAGAAUAUAUCAGAGGAUCAACGAAAAAUUAUAAAUGAAAGGUUCUGGAAUUUAGGUGAUAAAGAAAGGAGGGCAUUUAUGCUGCAUCACACUUCAGCAAAACCUGUGAAACAAAGAACAGUAACAAGAUCUGAAUCAGAAGACUACAGGAAAAAAACAAGCUAUAGUUAUUCACUUAAAGACGGGAAUGGGACAUCGUAUGGAGUAUGUAAAACAUUCUUCUUGACAACUUUGGGCUACAAACUAUCUAACGAUAAACCUUUACAGACUGCUUUGGCCAAUUGCAAGGAGACAGUUGCACCGCCAGUAGAUAGGAGACUGGGAGCUGCUCCUCAUAAUAAGAUUGACUCAAAUCCUAUAAAGGAACAUAUAAUGAGCUUCGAGCCUAGUAUAUCUCAUUAUAGGCGUGAGCACGCCCCCAAUCGCUUAUACUUACCCAGUGAUUUGACAAUUCAUGCGAUGCACAGAGACCUUUUAGAAAAAAAUCCCUCUCACAGCGUAUCUUACGACAAAUACCGAGAAGUGAUCGCAGCAUUAAAUAUAUCUUUUGUGAAGCUUGGCCACGAAGAGUGUGAGGACUGUGAAGAAUUCCGUCUGCAUGACAAUACACACACCAAAGAAAAUCUCCAAGAACGCUGUUUAGGUUGCACAAAGUGGGCAAGUCAUAAUGAACGGGCAACUAUGUCGAGAGCACAAUAUAAAUUAGACAGUGAGCUAAAUGAAACUGGUACUGUUGUAUAUUCUGCCGACUUACAAAAAGUUAUCAUGCUGCCCAGGAUAGACAUGUUCAAAACUGCUAUUUUCACCCACAGGAUAGUUGCUUAUAAUGAAAGUUUCGUGCCCACUGGUCAAGGCAGAAAAGUCAAUUCAAAUGACAUCAACGCCGACAAGAUCGUGAUCAAAUAUUUCGAACCAGGCCACACUUCUAUGUCUGCCGACAGCUUCCACCACAGGGUGGAGUUAUCUAUGAAGCGCAUGAAAAACAAAAUUUAUGAAUUUGCUGACUUUUCUCAGGCAGUUACUACUGCAGGAAAAAAUGUAAAACCUAAAGAGAUGACUCUACAAGAUUUUUAUGACUGGGAAGAUUACACGACACAGUAUAAAAUGUCUCGAAUUGCACCGCGUCCAUAUAUUAAUGAAAUGGUCGAAGUAGAGGUCAACAGGGGCAGUUUUGAUCUGACAUACAGAACUGGAUUCAAUAAGGACCCUAUCACUGCGAGCAUAAUCGGAAAUAAAAUUUUAAAAGCUCAAGUUUUGCUCCGGAAGGCAUUUCUUAAAGCAAAAAAGAAAAUUAUUUUGAAAUCCUUUCAAAAUAUUAUACCCCAAAAUAGAAUGUCCUUUUGGAGAGAUCUCCUUGUAUCAUUUGACUAA